AUUUGUCAGUCAUGAAUCCAACAAAAUUCCUGCUGGCUGCUGCCACUUCAUACCAAGAAAUUUCUCAAUUUCUUUUUUAAAUAAAUUACAAAAAUCAGAAAUCAAAAUUAAAUUUCUUUCCGGCUUGACUCGAAAAUCAAGCCAACAGCUUUCCUUCUGUGUCCAAAUUUAGUUAAUUUUUUCUUGUUUUCUACAAGGAAGAAGUAUAUGGAAAGCAUAGGAUUAUGGCAAAGUUUUACAAUUUGUGGAAUUGUGUCAUGGAUUGUUUUUUCUUCUUAUUUUAAUGUCACCCAAAAGAUUAGAUCUUUUUUACAACCUUGGGUCACUAAUCAUGUCAUCACUGGCACCCAUCUCAUUCUUCAGAUCCAGAAGUACCAGCAUGGAGUUUUGGAUGGUUUCUUUUCUGGGUUGUCCUGUGUUGUUUCUGUGCCAUUUUAUACUGCUUUUCUUCCUUUGCUCUUCUGGAGUGGCCAUGGCAAAUUAGCUAGACAAAUGACCCUUUUAAUGGCUUUUUGUGAUUAUACAGGAAAUUGCAUAAAGGAUGUGGUGUCAGCUCCAAGACCCAAUUGUCCUCCGGUUCGGAGAGUGACUGCCACCAAAGAUGAGGAAGACAAUGCUCUUGAAUAUGGGUUGCCUUCAUCCCACACUCUUAACACAGUUUGCUUAUCUGGGUACCUAGUGCACUAUGUCCUAUCAUACAUCCAAAAUGACGAUGCCUAUGUGCAGUUCUCCGGAUUUGCUAUUGUUUUCUUAUUUGUAACCCUGAUUGGUUUAGGAAGGGUUUAUCUUGGCAUGCACAGUUUGAUUGACAUCGUAGGUGGUCUAGCCUUUGGGCUGGCCAUCCUUGCACUUUGGCUUAACGUUCAUGAUCAUAUCGAUGAAUUCGUUGUCUCUGGGCAAAACGUUACAACCUUCUGGGCUGCCCUUAGCUUCCUGUUACUUUUUGCUUAUCCAACUCCUGAAUUUCCUACUCCAAGCUUUGAGUACCAUACAGCCUUCAAUGGUGUGGCAUUGGGAAUAGUGGCCGGAGUUCAGCAAACGUACCACCAGUUCCACCAUGAAGAUGUGCCGCGAAUAUUUACACAACUGACAGUCCCCGCUUUCAUCGGAAGAAUGCUGGUAGGAAUACCGACAAUACUUCUUGUGAAAUUUUGUAGCAAGGCGCUGGCUAAAUGGAUUCUUCCUGUGAUAUCGAAUACUUUGAGCAUCCCCAUAAAAUCGACUAGCUACAUCCCCAUGUUGCAAGGUUCGGGGGAUAGUAAAAAGUCCGAUGAGAUUAAGCAAUCAAGUUAUGUACGAAAGCUAUUAUUUUUCUCCAACCAGGACUGGUUUGAUGUCGAUACAGGUAUUCGAUUUGUUCAAUACGCAGGCCUUGCUUGGUCGGUAGUAGAUCUCGUUCCUUCAAUUUUCUCACAUAUGAGAUUGUAGUAUAUUAGGAGUUGUAUUUGUAUCAUUUUUUUUAUGACUAGGAGUUUAGGGAAUUCCACUGAGAAAUGUAUUACAUGCUAUCCUGAUUUUGUAAAUCAAGUAAUAUUGUACAUGGUCAAAUCCUAUCAAUUCUUGCUUUACAAUAUUGAACAACAUUUAUAUAGUAAUAGUUCUGUA